GAAUCUUGUCUACAGGGGACACCUGGGUGACGCACAUGGUUGUAGGCACUCUAAGGUUGCAUGUACUUCGAAGGCAGUCAAACAAAGUUUGAAAUGCAGUGCCAUUCAUAAACAAAUUCUGCCAAUAAAUGCUUGGACCAUUUCAAAUUGUUUGCCUGUUUUCUUUCUCCUAUUGACGACUUGAUAAAACGCUUGGGCUGUCCGCCUAAGACAUUUCAGUGCUACUAAAAAUAAAAAUAAAAACAGCCAAUACAGAGUUAUGUAUAUUUUCUGCAGAACUGCUGCCGAAUCAAUUUAUACUUUGUAGACCCACUUGAAUGAUACAGAUCCAUUGUGUCCAGUGAGCCAGGUAAUUUAUUUUGGCACCGGGCCAGUGGAAAUGUAGACUAAGCUUUUGAUAAAUUGCACCGAACAAGGAAAACUAAAAACAAAAUGUUAUUAACAGUUACCUAAAUUUUCACUUAACAUUUUUGCACAGUGAUGUUGAUUUUAUUUCUGUUUUUAUUUUUGUUCCUGCAAAAAUGCCUUUCUUUUCUGGUUUUCAUUUUUGUUCUCAAGCCCUGCUCAAUACCAUCUGAUAUAGCCCGCUCUCCUCACUUAUUUGAACUGCAAAAUUGUGCACAUUUUACCAACGUUCUUUGUGGAUGCAUGCGAACCUCUUCCUUCUCUACGGUCACACAUACACAGUACAGUACAAGAUCUGCAAUACACAGAUUUUAAACAGUCUUGAAACAGUUUUUGUUACUGCUGGUUAUGCUGAAAGCUAAUGUUGGAGUUAGCAUGGCUUUUUUCGUUAAGCGUACUUGGUUAUGAAAACUGAUUUUUUUCUGAAUUGAAUUUAUCAUUUAGUCUGAUACGAUGUGAAGAAGGUGUGUGUUACUUGCCAAUUAAUAAGUCAGAUCAUUGGCAUGCUUGUUAAUGGAGGAAAAUUAAUGAAAACAGGUUCAGACUAAUGAUCAUUUUAAAGGAUAGUUUUUUGGCCCCAUGGAUUUCCAGCUCACCAACCACUGCUGGUACAAAUGGAACCCAAUAAUAAGUAUUAUACGUCCAGGUCCGUUUCCAGGCAUUGUGCAAAUGCAUACUUUAGGCGGUGGCCUAUCAGAGGUCAACGGAUGCCUGCUAGCAAACCACGGCUUUGUGGUUUUGAGUCUGGCUUUCUAUGGCUACCAAGAUUUGCCCAAAAACAUCAAGAAGUUUGAUUUGGAAUACUUUGAAGAGGCCAUAAUGUUCCUGAGGACUCUGCCUGAGGUCAAAGCGCCUGGUGUUGGCAUACUGUCCAUCUCUAAGAGUGGAGAUUUGGCACUGUCCAUGGCGUCUUUCCUGUCUGGAGUCUCGGCCACUGUCUGUGUCAAUGGCUGUAGUGCUAACGUCAUGGUCCCCCUGCACUACAGAGACAUGGUCAUUCCGUCCCUCCGCACAGAUUUGAAUAAAGUGAGAACCACAGAGUCUGGGGUGCUGGACGUGAGCGACGUCAUGCUGGACCCCAUGGCACCAGAGAACCAGGCGUGCCUCAUCCCCAUAGAGCGAGCCAAUUGCAAGUUCCUGUUUGCUGUAUCAGGGGAUGAUGGAAACUGGAAAAGCUGCUAUUAUGCAGAGCAGAUGACGAAGCGGCUGAAAGAUCAUGGGAAAGAUAACCCUGAGGUGGUGGUUUACCCGAAGGCCGGGCACUUCCUGGAGGUCCCCUACAUGCCGCAUUGUGCCACUAGCAGGCACGCUGCCGCAGGCAAUGCCGUGGUGGCAUUUGGGGGUGACCCCAAAGCUCAUGCUCAGGCGCAGGUGGACCUCUGGAAUAGAAUCCCAGCGUUUUUCAGGAAACACCUUGACAACAUGUACCGUGAAGCAAAGCUCUAACUUCCACUUCCACAUACUUAUGCCUGCUAACACACAUGCACACCCUCGCACACACACGCACCUCUAAAAAGCAAAUCAAAAGGAGUACCAAUCUCCUCUUACAUUUUUGUCAUUAUAUUCUGCAGCGCAUUUGAAGAAAAGAAACAAAUGUAUGAACUAAAAAAGAAUAUCAUUUUGUUGAGAUGAAUGUUUUUGCAAAUUAAAAAUCUCUUUCAAAACAAA